CACCGGAGAGGAGCCGCUCACCCGCCAGCCCGCUCCCGGCCGUCCCGCCGCCCAUGGCCGCCGCCGCGCCCCCCAUGGCCCUGCGCGGGGCGCCCCGCCGCCUGCUGCUGGCCCUCGCGGUCUUCAGUUUUGCGUGUGAAGCCUGCGAAAAGGUGAUAUUCCAUACGCCUUCCACACUAGAGGCAGACAGACUGGUGGGCAGAGUGAACUUGGUGGAGUGCCUCAGGUCUGCUGACCGCAUCCAGUCCAGCGAUCCUGCCUUCAGAGUUUUCCGGGACGGCUCCGUCUACUCGGCCGGCUCCGUGGUGGUAGUCGAUGGGAGGUCCUUCACCAUCUGGCUCUCCGACACGAGGACACAGGCCCAGGAGCAGAUCACUGUGGUCCUGCAGCCACAGAAGAAGCUCCUGAGAAAAAGACACGCUAGAGAAACAGUGCUCCGACGAGCCAAGAGGCGGUGGGCGCCCAUCCCCUGCUCCAUGCAAGAGAACUCCCUGGGCCCGUUCCCUCUGUUUCUUCAGCAGGUUCAGUCCGAUGCAGCCCAGAACUAUACUAUCUUCUACUCAAUCAGUGGACGUGGUGUUGACCAAGAACCGUUAAACUUGUUUUUCAUAGAAAAAGACACUGGAAAUCUGUUUUGUACUCGGCCGGUGGAUCGGGAAGAAUAUGAUGUUUUUGAUCUGAUUGCCUAUGCGUCCACCGCAGACGGGUACUCAGCCGACUUACCUCUCCCGUUGCCCAUCCGAGUGGAGGAUGAGAAUGACAACCACCCCGUUUUCACAGAGCAAGUUUAUAGCUUUGAAGUUCCAGAAAGCACUAAACUGGGCACUUCCGUGGGGCAGGUUUGUGCCACAGACCGCGACGAGCCGGACACGAUGCACACGCGCCUCAAGUACAGCGUCCUGUCGCAGACGCCCCGCUCCCCCGGGCUCUUCGCCGUGCACCCCAGCACCGGCGCCCUCACCCUGGUGGCCCAGAAUCUGGACCGAGAGGUUGUAGACAAGUACGAAUUGAUAAUGAAAGUACAAGACAUGGAUGGUCAAUUUUUUGGAUUGGUGGGUACCUCGACUUGCAGUAUAACAGUAACAGAUUCAAAUGACAAUCCACCUGUUUUCAGACAAAAUGCUUAUGAAGCAUCAGUAGAGGAAAAUACAUACAACGUGGAAAUCUUACGACUGUCCGUGGAAGAUAAGGAUUUAGUGAACAGUGCCAACUGGAGAGCCAAUUUUACCAUUUUAAAGGGCAAUGAAAACGGGAAUUUCAAAAUCAGCACAGACAAGGCCACUAAUGAAGGCGUUCUCUGUGUUGUCAAGCCCCUGGAUUACGAAGAAAACCAGAAAGUGGUCCUGGAAAUUGGGGUGGCCAACGAAGCCCCUUUCACCAGAGACCUGGCGCUCAGGACGCCCGCGAACAGAGCGGUGGUCACGGUCCACGUGCAGAACCAGGACGAGGGGCCCGAGUGCAAGCCCGCCGCCCAGCACGUGCGGAUCCGGGAGAACUCGGCCGUGGGGUCCAGGAUGAACGGCUACAAGGCCUACGACCCCGAGACCAGGAGCAGCAGUGGGAUAAGGUACAAAAAGCUGCAUGAUCCCAACGGGUGGAUCUCCAUUGAUGAAACUUCGGGGUCCAUCCAGACUUCCAAAAUUCUGGACAGGGAGGCCGCAGCCCCCAGGAAUGAGCUGUACAACGUCACAGUCCUGGCCAUAGACCAAGAUAACAAAUCGUGCACUGGAACGCUUGUGGUGAGCAUCGAAGAUGUGAAUGACAACGCGCCAGAAAUACGUCCAGAUUAUGUGACAAUUUGCAAGCCGAAGAUGGGGUACACUGACAUUUCAGCUUUCGACGCCGACGAACCUAUCCACGGCGCCCCGUUUUACUUCAGCCUGGCAAACCCGACUCCAGAAGUCAACAAAAUAUGGACCCUCUCCAAAGUUAACGAUACAGCUGCCCGUCUUUCCUAUCAGAAGAAUGCUGAGGUGAAGGAAUAUUAUAUCCCCGUGAUGGUGAGAGACAGAGCAGGGCAGUCUGCCACCAAAACCCUGCGAGUGAACCUGUGCGACUGCACGCACCCCAGCCAGUGUCAGAUGACGGCGAGGAGCGCGGGGGCGUCUCUGGGGAAGUGGGCCAUUCUGGCCAUUCUGCUGGGCCUGGCGCUGCUUUCUUCCGUGCUGCUGACGUUAGUGUGCGGGGUCGUCGGGGCCAGGAAGAAGAAAGGUUUCCCUGAGGACCUGGCACAGCAAAACCUAAUUAUAUCCAACACCGAGGCUCCUGGCGAUGACAAGGUGUGUUCUGCCAAUGGGUUUAUGACCCAGACAGUCAACAACUCCAACCACGGCUUCUGUGGCACCAUGGGACCGGGCAUGAAAAACGGGGGGCUGGAAAGCAUCGAGAUGGUGAAAGGCGGACACCAUACCCUGGACUCCUACCGCAGCCACCACCACACGCUGGACUCCCGGGUAGGACACCCGGACAUGGACACCUCCAGAUACACGUACUCCGAGUGGCACAGCUUCACGCAGCCCCGCCUGCGCGAGAAGCUGCACCUGUACAACCAGAACGAAGACCACCUCUCCUCCCAGGACUACGUGCUCAGCUACCACUACGAGGGCCGGGGGUCCCCGGGGGGCUCGGUGGGCUGCUGCAGCGACAAGCAGGACGAGGAGGGCCUGGACUUCCUCAACCAGCUGGGGUCUAAGUUCACCGCCUUGGCCGAGGCGUGCACCAAGAGAUAAACGUGACAGCGCACCCACCAUUCCCGGGUUUGGCCUGGCAUUCUGGAGGUUUCCAAAAGGGAUACUGUCAAGUUCAUUUUCAGGGUCUAAAUAUUCCCAUAUGACUGUAUAUGACUUUUUCUAAAAUUUGAAUUAUGCUAAUUGCCCAUUCGUACUUUUCAAGCAAGUUACUGCGUAUCCUUUCCCUCAGGUUCACAUGUGAAAACCGAUUUCACUUUCUUGAGAGCUGAGUCAAUAGCCAAUGAGCAACUCUUGUGCGAAAGCGUUGGAAUCGGAGUCCAUACAGGAUCUGCUCUCCUUCACAGAAGUUAUCCCAAUGAGUAUGUUGGGUAAAUAUUAGUCUGACAGUAGCUAAGCGGUGUUUGGUUGAAUAUGGCAGAGCUGAAAUUCUGAUGUUCCAAAUUAGAUUUCAGUGGGAUAGGGUUAUUUCAAACACGAUGGCAAAUUUGUUGGAUUUUUAUUUUUUUAUUUUUAUAUUUUUAGCUCUAAAAGGCAGUAGUACCUAGUCAGUAGCCCCUACAAUUUCUGGAAUUCUGUUUUCUUCCGGUUAGCAACAGGAUAAUGAAGAGCAGUUUUAUCUAUUCGGUUGCCCUAAUAAAGGUCUCAAAAUACAGAGCCAUAACUUUCAACUGCCCUAAAAAAGUGUGCACCAAAAACUUGUGAUUUUAUGCUUUCGCACAUGUGUUUUUGUGUUUAUAAAGGAUUAUUCUGAGGAAUAAGUUUCCUCACUCUCAAGAAACAAAAUUAUAUUCACUAUAUACAGUGUUAUUGCCAGUAUUGUAAUGAAUUUAAAAUACUAAAAAUCUUUCAUUCAGAUCAUAAUCCCAAAUCUUAACUUUUUUUUUUCUUUCUGAGAUUCAGGACUACUACUAAAAACUUGCCAUAUUGGGAAAGUGUUGCUUUUCUUCUCUUGAGCGUUGUACUUUUAUAUUUUCCUGUGCGACUUUAGCACAUAUGGCUCCUAUGUCCUCUGUGGAAGUCAUUUGAAAUCAUUAUGCUUCGAUGGAUUGUGGGUAAUGCCUUGUAAUCUGAAAAAAAAAAAGAAAAAGAAAAAAAAAGACACCUCUCAUAGUGAUAAGUAGCAAUGAGAACUAAACAUGCAUUUUCAUUCAGUGCCAUUUUCAAAUAGAGCAUAUUACUCCAUUUUAAGGCAGGUAGAUAUUACAAAAUGUCAAGAAUCAGAAGAAUAGAGGAAAACUUAACCCCUAGGUGGAAUUUAAUGUCCUUUAAGAUGUUUAAUGUAAGACUUCCUAGCUUUGUGUUUGGGAUACUUCAAGACAGUGACAUUCCAAACGCCAAAUGGUGAAUACAUAAUUCAUGCCAAAUCUAAUCACAGUGAUGUAUACUUGCUUCAAGUGACAAUUUAAAAACUGAACUAGAAAUAUGGAGCAAAAGUAGUUUAUAGUUGUAAUGCAAAUAAAUACCAUAGUAAUUAGAAAAUAAUACCAAUACAAGAAUGAGCUGUGCAUUUCACAUACAACUAUAAACUUUUAUUUACUAUCACCAACAGAAGGACAUUUUGGAAGAAAAAUAAACUUAACCUUACAAAUUUUGCAGCUAUGAAUUGGGACCUAUUCUCCCCGCCUCCCCCCUCCCCAAAUUCUUCCUUAGACUGUGGGGCAGGAAGACUGAGUGAGCCCAUGAAGUGGCAGUAUGCUAUAGGAAUGUCAUUUGAACUAACCAUACAUGUAUGUGUGUGUGUAUAUGGGGACUAUCAUUUACAUGUAGUAUUCUUUCCUUAUAUGUGUAAGUUGGAAAUUACGCUGUUUUAGUAUUAAAAAAAAUAUCCUUUUAAGGCUUUCAUUUUUUCAGCUCUUAAAUUUUUAAUGUAAAUGGACAGAUUGUUUUUUUCUUAUUUUUACAAAGAAGCAGUUAACUGCCUGUAUAAAAUGCAGUGGUGUUUGCUAUUAAAAUAGUUACUUUACUUUUAAAGAAACAUGGCAGGUUAAAAAAGCAAAAAUUGGAUGUGUGAAGUAAUAUUUACAAAUAAAGGAUGUAAUAAAACAAUGCUAACUUAA